AAGCUAUAGUAAAGAUACCAAAUAAUAAUGAGCGUCGCGAAGAGAGCGCGUAGAUGGCAGUUAAUCCGUAGUGGGGGAAGAGAAUGGGUGCUGAUCCAGAGUCCAGACGGUCUGCCAGGGAAUGGUCGACGGCGGACCAGAUUUCGAAUGGCCAGGAAGGCACAAUCUGUGGUCAACCCCAGUAGGAGUAGGAGGAGCAGAACUCAAAGUGUACACAGUCAGGAUGAUGAAAUUGAAUCUUAAUCGAGUCCACGAAGGGGGUUCUGGGACCUGAAGAGGACUUGAGGGCUGAAGUAUCAUUUGUUGUAUUGGACUUGUGAUUGGAGCCAGCAUACUCGACUACCUAUCUUUGGUAGUGUGGACGGCGUCCACUCUGUGAUCCCCUUGCUGUGAUGAAAACAGUCUUCUGGAGACGGGUUAUACUUCGUACCUAGGGUUCUUUGGAGUAGCUGUCGGAUGCGGCAAUCAGACGAUCAUCGACGACCCUCUCCUGUCUCAGACAUACUUUGGAAAAGGCUAAGGCUAUCCGUCAAGCUUAUCUGACUUCACUGCACCUAAAUCUGGGUACUUUCCAGUUGUACUACUGGCUGCUUGAGUGAAUAUCUCAGUCGCUGCCGCCGCAGUGAAUAUCCUCCAUUGAAAGUAUAGGAUAGCCAGGAAUAGUAUAUAAGCUACCUCCCGCUCGCUUUGGUGCGUCUUUGUUUCUUUUUCUGCUUCACCGACCUCACGCUGCGCCCAAACAGGAAAUCGACCUUAGCUGCACCUCCUCCGUCGCAGUCAAUCAAACAAUCAGAGGAAUCAUAACCAAACUCCCAUUAUCAUCUAUUUAAGCAUUCGUUCAUCAUGCCAGCAUGGCGUCCUUACCGAAUGAGACUGCCUCUAGUCGCCCACCAGAUCCCCCCCGGAAUAAUCCUUCCUCUGGCGGAGUCUUAGAUCUGAACAGGUCCAACUCCACCGCCAACAUUUUUCUGGGCGGCGCUCGGAAGUCGUGGAUGGCGACCGCUAACCAUCCUCAUCCAAAUCCUGGUAAGCGCAGCAGCAAUAAAACCCCACAUUGCUCGCCUGCCACCUCGACUCCAGCGUCGCUUCCGUCCUCUGCUGAGUCUGCUAUUGCUCCCUCGCAUUCUGCCUGUUCGUCUGCUUCAGCGCUGCGCGUGACCGCGGCCUCGUCGCCUGCUCCGACGCGAUCCCCAGGCAUGCGCAUGGGCAAUAUCCCUUCUUUACCUCAGCCAGAUUCGAUCAAUCCUAGUACAUCCUCUCCUACGCCUCCAGUUGCGUUGUCGGCUUGUACGAGCACUCGAAAUGUCGCUCUAUCCCAUCCCCAUAUAUCGCCCACCACCGAUACGCCUCCUUCGGUAACUCACUCUCCCGCCGCUCAUCAUCCCCCUUCUCCGAUCAGAGCAGACCAAUCCUCGAAGCUCAAAGAGCGGCAGCGGCAGCAGCAGAAGACACAGUUACAACAAGCUCAAUUGCAAGCCCAGUCGGCGUCCUCGCUUCCCUCGCCCGACCCCACCAUUCCUCCCAGAUCACAUACCAGUCCGUCCUUUAACGCCAUUGAGCGGAAUGAGCCUACCAUUCCCAACCUCCCUGUCGCUGCUUUCCCAUCGCCUCCCCAUCAGCAGACCCCUUUGGAUCAUCCUCCGCAGCCGAAUUCUCGGUCCGUAAGAGGCCCUCCCGUCGUUUUGCCAAGCAAUCCGCCAGCUGGAAGAGAUAUACACACACCUGUCCAUGCUCAUCCCACCCCCGCUGCUCCCAAUGCUACGAGGAUCCCUUUGCCGUCACAUCCACAGGUGAAUGGUGCCGCCACAGCCUUCCCUUCAAGAGGUCAUACUCCGGUUCUGAAUCACGGGUUUUUCGUACAGGCAAAGUAUGUCUUGGACACGCUCGGAGCAUCCCUGCCGGGUAUUGCUGAGGGUCUGUCUGACGCUGUGGAGGCGCCCCGAAUUCAGCUCCUGCACUAUGCCUGUUCGGAGCAGGAUUUCAUGUAUCUAAUCCUUCACCAAGUUUACUGCUUAAGCAGUUACAAUCCAUCCGAAUUCACAAAGCUGCCCGGCAUCACUGCCAAGCAUGUGCAUGGACUGGAAACCGUUAAGCACCUUUUGGUGGACAAUGCCCGGGUGUCGGGCGACUUUCUUCGGUGGUGUGUUCAUUUUCCCCACCCUCUCCACGAGUUGAUGCAAAUUCGAGGGUUUGGGAACACUCUCAAUCAAGUGCUUGAUAUCUUGGUCGUUUUUGUGGACCGCUGGGUCCCUUUCGAACGUCAAGUGCGGUCCCGGGGUUAUCCUCCUAUUGUGGAUGAUAUUGUGAACGAUCUCAACAUCAAAUCGCCGGUGUUGCUGUUCAACAUUUUCUUGUGUUUAUGUCGGCGGACUCCUGGUGCUAGACUUGAGGGAAAACUACAAGAGAUAUUUAUCCGCAGUCUGGAUCAAUUCAAGCGUCGUUAUGUGGAGCAGAUACCCGUGGCCCAGCAACAGCGGCAGAACGAGGAAACCAUAUCUGCAUAUCGCUCCGUGAUUGCAGCCAUGAAAGAUUCUGCUUCAGCACCAGCCGGGCCGAAUGCGCCUGGUAUUACUCGCCCAAGCCUCAAUGUUCCCACUCCUAUUCCGUCAAUGUCGAGCCAGCCUACACCAGUCUCUAUACCCGCCCCGGCAGGUCACUCGGGCAUUCAUAAUCGUCUGCCUCCUCAUAAUGUCAAUUCCCAGGCACAUCUUCUGAACGGUGCAACCCCGAAUUCAGUUAGAAGUCCGCCUAUCACGACGUCACUCAGGCUUCCGCGACAACUGAGUAUUCCGUCACUUGUCCAGCAACGUGGUGCAGGACCGCAGGUACUUUCACCACGAAUGGCCGGCACACCUUCUUCACCGGCCAUGGCAAUCUCACCUUCACAGUACAUGGCACAGCGCGAGUCUCCUCAGGUAUAUCAGGUUCAGCAACAACCCCAACACCAACAACACGCAAGGCCACAGAACAUGAACCCUGUUCAUCCUCCGCGUCAUUUAGCGCAGACACCAGCAGGCGCCCCUUUGAUUCAACGUGGUCACCGAGUGCAGUACCCUGGCACACUACAGCAACCACCUCGCAAUUCCCGGCCGUUUUUACCGCCACCAAAUGAACCUCCUGUGGUGAACACACGACCUGAUCCUCGGCGGCUCGCGAUUCACCAGGCUCAUCUUCGCGAUCCGUUGAAUCGACCAGUCUCCAUCGAUUCUACGGGAGAGAAAGAUACAGAGCUAUUCCCCUACCUGACUUCCUUUGCUGUGAAGCCGCAACCCUUCGAUCCGGUCGCGUGUACUUUUAAUUGGGAAUUCUCUUUAACACAGGCUGACCUGGACCGCGUUCCCAGGCUUCAGAGUCAAGGGAAAGGCGAGCGAAACAUUAGAAUCCUAAAAGAGGGCUACCAAAGCUAUCGCAUCAGAUGCAUCAAGGUGCCACCGUCAGCCUCAGAUGUGAACGAGCAUUCCUGGUCCGUUGCUGAAACCGUAUGGCCGUGCACUAUAUACAUGUUCGUCAACGGUGAAGAGUUUUACGCGCGCCGCAAGAUCCACAAUGGCCGAGAUCUCCCUUUAGACAUCACAACCGCCCUCCGAGCAGGUGCAAAUACUGUUGCAGUUCACCUUAUUCGAAGCUCGGCUGAACAGAGGGGCCUCGUCAAUUACGCCAUGGGCGUGGAAUUGGUUUCGUUUCAUUCGUUUCCACAAGCUAAAUCUCUUGCCCAGCUGCUUCCAGCCAUCGAGUCGCGGAAGCAAAUUUGCGGAAGGCUUUCACGCAAUACAGGCGAUGACGAUGAUGAACUAAGUAUCGUCAGUGAUUAUCUCACUGUCACACUUGUCGAUCCUUAUACUGCACGCAUCUUCACGGUGCCGGUGCGUGGCCGGCACUGCCAGCACUCAGAGUGCUUCGAUCACGAGACGUUUAUUCAAACUCGUGCCCUCAAACCUGGAGACUGCUCUGCGAUAGAAGCGGACUGGAAGUGUCCCAUCUGUCGCCAUGAUGCUAGGCCUCAAAGCCUUAUUAUAGAUGGGUUCCUGCUUGAAAUCCGCUCGGAGCUCGAGCGGACAAAUCGUUGCGACGGUGCUCGCUCCUUGCAGAUCAAGGCAGACGGGACCUGGGAGGUGAAGACCGACCAAGACGCCGAGGGAGGAACGCCUGAGCCUUCUCGCACUGCAUUAAAACGGAAAUCAGCUGCUCUGGAAAAUGCCAUGUAUCCUCCUGGUCAACGACCAAAGAUCGAUCGCUCAUCGUCUCUGCCGGACGGAAUCGCAAAUCAGUCUUCCGAUGUCAUUGUUCUGGACUAAUUGUCCUACCAGGCAUUUCUUCGCGUCUUUUUUCCUUGUAUUGCUCAACUCAAUUCGCACUUGCACAGUUUCAGGCGCUUUGGUCGUUGCACGAGAUACCCCUCGGAUGCUUUCUAUUGUCUUUUUCUAUUGUCUUCCUAGCCCUAGAUCCAUGUAUCAUGAUUACUCCCAUAUUAUCCAUCUCGUCAUCACUCACCGUGUUUCGAGCUAGAAAUAAAAGAAGUGGUUCGGCUCCCUCGAGCUAUAUCACCGCAACUUUCUUCAAUCACUGAAUUGUCUGUUCAUCAUUAUUCUUCUUAUUCUACUAUUUCCUUUUCGCAUAUUUGUUGAGAUAUACGGAGGGCGGCUUUUCUUUGGCUCUUUCUUGCGUCCUAAUGGACAGCUUCCGAUCCACAUGGGAU